CAUAAGCCUAAAUCUAAUAUUUCCGCCUAUUUCCCCAAUUUCUCUAUUUCUCUCUCUCACUCUCUAUUUCUUUUUUCCUUGUUCAUAGUCAGUUUCUCGAUUCAAGGCUGAUUGUUCUUGAAUCUCUCUUCCAAUACACGCGACUCACGACUCUCUCUCCAUCUGACUGAUGAUGGCGCUGGGUAAAAAAAAGAAGAUAAGACACGAUUCCCAGCUUCCUCAGUACACUUCAUGUCCCACUACCCCGUCUGUGCCUUUUAAUGAAGGUUUGUUCCCUCCAAUGAAUCUGUGAAGGUGGUUAUGGAUUGUGUUAAAGGAUUUUAUCGAGAUGCUUGGAGUAAAUGGUUAGAUAUACCAUAUAUUUACAGAGAUCAGAUGUGGAAUCAAUUUAGGAUAAGGUGUUCAUGGAUUUCCUAAUAUCAUCAGCAAAUAAGUCAUAAUUUCGAGAAAAAAGCUGAUGAUCUACUUAAAAAUCACUUUUAUAGAGCUCGACAGAACAACAAGAUGCCCGGAUGGAUGCUGAAAGACAUAUGGGAAAGACUUAAUGUGAUAUGGGCUUCUGAAGAAUUUAAGAAGAGGAGCAAUGCUGCAAAGGCUACCCGAGCCUCCGAUACGGGUGGCUCAUUGCACACUGGGGGUUCAAUUAGAAAAGGAAAAAGGGAGACUUGUGACUUAUGCUGAGGUUUUUGAGGACAAACAUUUGAAAAAGAAAAAGGAUGGUAUAAAAGAAUGGGUCGAGCCGCGUGCUGCGAGGAUAUAUGAAGGCUAUCAAAAACGUUUUGAGGAAUGGCGUCAAGAUCAACCCGAUUCCGAGGAUGGUGGCUCAACCCAAGUGUCACUCAAUGAUGUAGCUUCAAUAUGGUCGCAGGUGGUUGGUGGUGCAAAGAAAGGUAGAACCUACGGUCUUGGAUCACAAUAUUCCGUAGGUUGUCCUUCGACAUUGUUGUCUGGUGAUAUGAGUUAUUCACAGGAUCAUGAAGAGGUGGAAACAUUAUGAAAAGAAAUUGAAGAGUUGAAGGAGGAACGGAAAGAAGAUCGUGCAAAUUUUAACAAAUUGCAGAGUCUAGUUGAGAACUUAUGAGCAUGCGUCAAGUUGAUCCUUUUAAUGACGAACGUGGCGGGGAUAAUGAGUUUUAGUUUGUGGUGGUUGUUGUGAUGUUUGAGACAUUAUUAUUUGUUAUGGUUGGAUGUUUAGACUUGACUAUGAUUGUAAUGUUAAGUUUUGAUUGAAUGGUUCUUGGAUGUUUUAGUAACAAAUGCUUAUGUUUUCUUUAAUUGUUUGUAUUUUAUGUGUUUGAUUAGUUGAAAUGGUGGAUUAAUUGG